GCUUUCUAAAUCUGUCAUUCCAAGCAAUGAGUCUUCAAAAACAGUUGCAGAUCAACCACUUGACUUAGAAAUUAGAACUAGUUUUCCUUGAACUUUAGUUUACUGGCACCAGUUUUCUAUUUUUCAUCGCAGCAGGAUUAGGGCCUGUCUCUACUAUGCCUGGAGGCACAGACAUAUCUUUGAAUGUUGCUUUGCAGAACCGUUUUUGAGAUUGUGUCAGAAUGGAGCGUGAGUGUAUGGCCAAGAUCAACAGCUACUGUCAAAAGCAGAAACUUUCGCUGGUUUAUGCCGAUGUUGGGAUGACCGGCCCAUCUCAUGAUCCUGAGUUCACAUUUGUGGUUAAAAUAAACGAUGUAGAAUACGGUAGAGGCACUGGUAAAAAUAAGAAAGAAGCAAAAGCAGUAGCAGCAAAAAAAACCUGGGAAAUGAUUGAGAAACAGCCAGAGAGUCCUUCAAAUAUGCAAGCUACAAAAUUAACGACAACUCCAGUGACCUUAGCAUCUGUACCAGCCAGCGACUAUGUCAGCCUACUAAAUAUGUAUUCACAAAAGGCGUUGCUAAUAGUUGAUUAUCCUGCCAAACGUACGGGAGAUGCCCAUGCUCCCAUGUUUUCCUGUAGCUGUACAAUUAGUGGUUUUGUGUAUGGAAUUGGCACUGGAGCUUCUCUAGCUACUGCAAAACAAGCUGCUGCAAAACAAGCGUUUGAGAAGCUAAAGCAGCAAGGCGCUCUAACACUGGGAAGUGAAAAAACUAACAGGAAUUCUACAUUUAGUGAACAUAGUAAUUCCUCUCAAGUGCCAACUCAGUCUGACUUGGAUAACAGCAGUAUUUGCUUUAAAGACUCAGCUGCAAAUUUGGUAGAAAAAAUGAAAGACAUGGCAGUAUGUGAAAAGCCUUCACCUUCUCAGGGAAACGCACGAAAUUCUGCCCUGAAAUCUAAAAGAAAAUUGGCAGCUAAUUUUGAUAAUGCAAGAAACGAGAAAGAGGAAAAAAAAAAGUCAGAUUCAGAUGAAAGUUUGCCAGAUUUGGACACAAAGACCAGUGAGGAGAAUGGAAGUCCAUACACUGUGAAUGAAAGAUUUCUUGAGGGUUUUAAAAAUAUAGAGCCUAUUGGUGAAGGUGGUUUUGGGAAUGUUUUCAAAGCAACAGGAAAGCUUGAUGAGAGAACCUACGCAGUCAAACGAGUUCAAUUCAGAAGAAAUGUAAACCGUGAAGUAAAAGCACUUGCAGGACUUGACCACGAAAACAUAGUGCGGUAUUAUUGUAGCUGGAAAGGGUAUGACCAUGUAACGUAUCCAGACUCAAGGCAGAAGUCAGACAAAAAAAUUUCCUGUCUUUUCAUCCAAAUGGAAUUAUGUGAACAAGGGACUUUGGAAAACUGGAUUGAAAAGAAUGGACGAGACCAAACGUAUGAUCAGAUGGCACAAAACAAAUUUUUACAAAUACUGAAAGGAGUGAAAUAUAUUCAUUCUAAAGAGUUAAUUCAUCGAGACCUCAAGCCUCAGAAUAUAUUAAUAUCACAUGAAGAUAAAAUAAAAAUAGGUGACUUUGGUCUUGUGACUUCUGUGGCGUAUGGGACUUUGACUGAGAACAGAGGAACAAAAUCAUAUAUGGCUCCAGAACAGUGCGGGGACAGCUAUGGAACGGAAGUAGACAUUUAUGCACUGGGAUUAAUUUGGUUUGAAAUUCUUUCGGCGUUCAGUUGUCAUAGGAAAGCUACGAUAUGGCCUGACGUUAGAGAAGGUAAAUUUCCAGAGGACUUCACUACCCAAUUUCCAACAAAGGCACCCAUAAUCAAAAAGAUGCUUUCAAGAGACUCUUCAGGAAGAUACUCUGCAUCUCAAAUACUUGAGUUGCUUACGUCUGUUGAUAAAAACGACUUACUUAAACCUCGUACUCUGUAAAUGCCCUUUUAAAAGGCUUUCAGACCAUGUUUAAAUCCAGAGUUUGAUGUCUGUUGAAAUUGAUAAAGUAAAUGUCAGAAGCAACAGCAAGACUUAGGAUAUGUCUCCUCCUUGGUGCUUUGCCUUCCCGCCACUGAGGAGCUUGUCAGCCAAAACAGUCACAUCACCAUUCACGCCCAUCAGCUGCAGACCAGGACAGCAUACUUCUGCAAGGAAUCACUUGCGAUUUUUACCUGGAAACGCAGGUUGUGGAUGUGCUCGGUUAAAAGGAAUAAUACAAAUGAAUGCGUAGUAUUUUUUAUAUUCCUAUGGUAAUUAUUGCUGAUCUGCUGCAAGUAUUUGUUGCUAAAUAAGAAUCUGAUUUUACAUCCUCUUGUAAGGCCUGAAGUUGUUUUUUUCUCCUUAUCAUGAAUCACAAAUACACAGAGCAUUUCAC